GCAGGGGCCUCGAACCUGUUGGUCUAGAAAAGGAGGCAGCUCCAGCCUGGAUUUCUGGGUCUGAGGUUGGAGGGGUCUGGGGCCAAACUUCCAGGCUUCUGCCCUUCCUGGCAACGCCCCCCCAGGGCCGGGCUUCCAGGAUCCAACCCCUAUUUAUGGUCUGACUCCACGGCCUCACCCUGACUGUGGAGGUGGAAAGAGGCACCUAGCGAGUGACAGGGAGAGAAGGACAGAAGCAGAAUGGCCACAGGAACGCGCUAUGCCGGGAAGGUGGUGGUCGUGACAGGGGGCGGGCGCGGCAUCGGAGCCGGGAUUGUGAGAGCCUUCGUGCAAAGCGGGGCUCAAGUGGUCAUCUGUGACAAAGAUGGUGAGUGAGAGUCAGGACCCCCAGCCUUUCUCUCCCUGGAGCAAGAGCUUGCUGGAACUCUCUUUCUUCGAUGUGAUGUGACUCAGGAGGAAGAUAUGAGGGUCCUCAUUUCUGAGACCAUCCGCCGAUUUGGCCGCCUGGAUUGUGUGGUCAACAACGCUGGCUACCACCCGCCUCCACAGUGGCCCGAGGAGACCUCUGCCCAGGGCUUCCGGCAGCUGCUAGAGGUGAACCUGCUGGGGAUGUACACCCUGACCAAGCUUGCCCUCCCCCACCUGCGGAAGAGCCAGGGGAACAUCAUCAACAUCUCCAGUCUGGUCGGGGCCAUUGGCCAGGUCCAGGCAGUUCCCUAUGUGGCCACCAAGGGGGCAGUAACAGCCAUGACCAAAGCCUUGGCCCUGGAUGAGAGUCAAUAUGGCGUCCGGGUCAACUGUAUCUCCCCAGGAAACAUCUGGACCCCACUGUGGGAGGAGCUGGCCGCCGCCACGCCUGACCCCACAGCCACAAUCCGAGAAGGCAUACUGGCCCAGCCCCUGGGUCGCAUGGGCCAGCCAGCUGAUGUGGGAGCGGCAGCCGUGUUCCUGGCCUCCGAAGCCAACUUCUGCACUGGGACUGAGCUGUUUGUGACCGGGGGUGCCGAGCUGGGGUACGGGUGCAAGGCCAUUCCCGGCACCCCCUUGGAGCCCCCCACCAACCCUUCCUGAUUUCUCACGUUUCCACUUGGGCCUUCCUAACUAGGACUCCCAAAUUUCAGCUUCGACCCGCCUGCUUCUUAGAUGCACACCCCAACUCUAGACAUUAAGUCCACUAACCAACGUGCCAAACCACCCCCCGCAGGUUCCCAUAAAAGUAGUUUGCAGCCAGAAGGAAGAAGGCUUCAUGUCAUUGAUCUUCUGCUCUUUUGAGUUCUGCCACGCCGGGAGCGCGUCCCGCCAACCCCGCCCCUUGCAGCCCCACGGGUUCCCACGAGUGGUCUUGACCCAAGGGACUACGACUCCCGGCAGGCCUUGCAGCAGGAGCCCGUCCCGGAGGGCUCCUGAGAAAAGUAUUGCCGGUCGGCUUCACCCCUGCUAAUAAAAAGGCCCGCAGGGGAGAGUAAAUUAAGCUCUAUUAGGAGAUAAUAGAGGAGGCGAAACGGAAGGGCCUCCUCUUGGUUAUUCUUGGUCCUUAGGGGAAAGGAAUUUUGAGCUCGCCGGCUGAGGAAUAAGAGGGUGGUGGGCUCCACAAGUUCUGAGGGAAGAGGCAGCUGGGGUUCAGACUCCUCUGAGUCAGAGGGAGGAGGGGCUGGGGCCCGAACUCCUGGGUUUGGGGGAAGGGGAAACUUAGAGGGCGUGGACUCCCUAGCU